UGACCAAUUUUACCUAAGCCUUCGCGUGAGCGACUCAGAACAACCCGGAACUUUUAAGUGAACUAAUAAUUCUUAAAACAUAUCGCAGGGUGUUUCCUCGCGGUUUUCCGACAAAUUCAAACGUUUUUCCGAGAAAAGGGGAACUUGCGCGGGCUGCGUUGUUCCAUUUGGAGGAGGAGAAGCCAGUUGCAGAUGUGUGUCGCUCCUGCUGCCGCGGUGCCUGCGGGACAGUAGCCUCGACUUGUCUGUUCAAACCAGGUAGAGAGUGGUGGAACCCAGAGGCGCCAUCAUGCCACAGCAGAAGGACAUAGUGAGGAUAGCCAUCCAGAUGCCUGGGGCCUACCCCCAGCUCAUACAACUGGACCAGAAAAAGCCCCUCUCUGCCGUAAUAAAGGAGGUGUGUGAUGGCUGGAAUCUUGCAGGUCCUGAUAAUCAUGCUCUGCAGUAUACUGAUGGGGUGCAGACAUACAUCACUGAAUCGAAUCGUCUGGACAUCAAAAACGGCUGCAUUCUGAGACUGACCAAGGCUCCGGGUCGCUGUGCAGAGGACUUGUUCAAGGGCAUCCAGAACUCGGAUUCGGACGUGCGCUGUCACUCCCUGAAGGAACUGGCGGGUGUCUCCAAAGACGUGACCUUCGCCCAGGAAUUUAUCAGCCGAGACGGGCACCUCUCAUUGGUCAAGAUAGUAGAGGAUUCUAACGAGAGUAAUAUUAUCAUGACCCACACGCUCACAAGCUUCAUGGAACUGAUGGAUCAUGGGAUAGUCUCUUGGGAAAAUCUCUCCUCUGUCUUUAUCAAGAAGAUCGCCAGCUUUGUCAACGCCAAGUCAACCGAUGCAUCAAUACAGCAGGUUUCCUUAGACAUCCUCGAGAGCAUGGUACUGAGCAGCCACAGUCUCUUCCUGCAGGUGAAACAGGAAGUUACCAUGGAGAGGCUCAUCGCUCACAUCCAGGUAACAAAUCAGCAGAUACAAACCAAAGCCAUGGCUCUACUUAUGGCCCUGCUGCAGACAUCUGGAGACUCGGAGAGACAGGAAAUGUUUGCAUUCAUGAACAAGAACAGUUUGAGGCAGUACAUCCAUAAGAACAUCCUCCAUUGCUCUGGUUCAGUCCAGGAUGAGAUGGCCCACUACCUCUAUGUCCUACAGUCAGUUACUUUGAAUCACCUGGAACCGCGCAUGAGAACACCUCUGGACUGUUACAGCCAGGACCAGAGAGAAAUCCUUCACGGCUUACGGCAGGCAGCGUUCGAGACAGAAAGCGAGAACAGUCUGAGCAAUGAGAGACGGCGUUCGCUCUGUGCUAAGGAGUUUAAAAAACUGGGCUUCUCUAAUAACAGUAACCCUGGUCAAGACUUGUUGAGGACGCCUCCGGGUCUUUUAGCUCUGGACACCAUGUCUUAUUUUGCCAUGCGAUAUCCUGAUGCCUACAGCAGGUUUGUUUUGGAGAACAGCAGUAGGGAGGACAAACAUGAAUGUCCAUUUGCCAGGAGCAGCAUAGAGCUCACCCUCAUCCUGUGUGAAAUUCUUCGUAUCGGAGAAUCUCCCUCAGAGACAGGAUCUGAUUACCACCCCAUCUUCUUCAGUCAGGACCGCCUCUUGGAGGAACUUUUCUGUGUCUGCAUUCAGCUACUGAACAAGACCUGGAAGGAGAUGAGAGCAACACAGGAGGACUUUGACAAGGUGAUGCAGGUGGUGAGGGAGCAAAUCACCAGGACGCUGUCCAGUAAGCCGACCUCCCUGGAGUUCUUCAAGAACAAAGUCAGUGCCCUCAACUACAGCGAGAUCCUCAAACUGCGUCAGACAGAGCGACUGCACCAGGAAGAGACUCUGGCUCCACCUGUACUUGAGCUCAAAGAGCGCCUGAAGCCAGAGCUGCUGGAGUUGAUCCGCCAGCAGAGACUCAAUAGAUUGUGUCAAGGAACGAAGUUCAGGAAGAUAACUCAACGACGCAGACAAGACAAAUCAUGGUUCUGCCGCUUGUCACCUAAUCACAAAAUGCUUCACUACGGUGAUGUGGAGGAGGAAAUCGACAAUCCACCAAUAGAAACACUCCAAAUGAAGAUCCCAGUCGCAGAUAUCAAAGGCCUGCUGACAGGAAAAGACUGCCCUCACAUGAAAGAGAACAAAGGCAAACAGAACAAGGAGAUGCUGGACCUGGCAUUCAGCAUAACAUACGAUGUAGAGGAAAGCAGCCUGGACUUCAUCGCCCCCUCCAGAACUGAUUUCUGCCUUUGGACAGAUGGACUAAACGUGCUCCUGGGCCGGGACAUGAGCAGCGAGUCCAUGCGCAGCGAGCUGGAGAUUCUCCUCUCCAUGGAGAUCAAGCUCCGCCUCCUGGACCUGGAGAACGUCCCUAUUCCCGACAACGCACCAGUCGUCCCAAAACUGCCAAGCAACUACAACUUCUGCUAUGACUUCAGCCACACCGAGCAGUAGGGGGCGGGGCACAGACUGUAACAACCCUAAGACGCGUGACUGUGUAAAUAUGUGUGUGUGUGUGUGUGUGAGAGAAACAGGAGAUAAGCGUCUACAUGAAUGAAUUCUAACUGUAGAUUGAUCUACUGGGGCCUGGUUGUUUACAACCAACAGACUCUGACAUUUCUACUACGUGUUCCAAACCACACCACUCUUAGAUAUAUUACAUUCUCUAUUUUACCAGACAGCUACUCCAUUACAGGUACUUUCAGUUUUAUAAUCAGUUUUAUAUUUUGAUAUAUAUCUUAAACUAAACUAUGUAUACUACACAAACUAGUCCUGUAUACAAGGUUGCUUUUUACUGGUUGGCUGCUUGUACGCUCUUCUGUUGAAUUUGUGUUUGUGUUUUAUGGGCAUUAACCACACUGAAGUUCACAAGUUCUUGUGGUAUCAAUGCAUGUUAGACUCACCUCUAGUCGUCUUAGUUUUCACCAGGUACACAGCUUUAUGCAAAUGCUCAAUAAUAAUUUUUUGUAGCACUGAGAUGAAUUUACAGUACAAACACCAAAAAAACCUUUCCAGCCAACAAUCAGCCUUUAUGUGAAUCACUUGAGGUCAAUGUGAACUGUCUGCUCUUUUCUGGAAGGUACUCACUAUAUUGAUGGAGAUGAUCAGAGCAUGUUUUUCCUGCCUCUUUGUAUCAUCAGGUUUUUACACUUCCUUAUGAUUCACAACUCCAUGUGGUGACAUUCACCUUUUGAAUUCUGCACUUUGGGUGACUUAACAUGAAUAAAGUUUGGUUUAUCCCAAGAAAAAACAACUAUACUUAUUUACAUACAGCAAAGUGUCUGAAUGUUAGUUUAUUAUGAAUAAAAAGUAUUAUUAUAA